AUCAUUUCCAUUCACGUUCAUCAACAGCAUUUUUUUACUUUCGAAGCAACAAAGGAUCUUUGAAAGGAAUUUAAUCAGCAUGCUGAGUUCGACGUACAAACAUGUACUACAUUGCAUAUUGUUUUUUACUUUGAUUACUAUAUUCUUGAACAAUUCACCAGACGUCUUGAACAUUUCGUUCGAUCCGUGGACGGAAUAUGGCCUGAUUCUCACAACCAUAUUGUAUUCGUUGAGAUUCCUAACAUUCCUGACUAUACCACAAGUAUUGUUCAACUUUUGCGGUCUAGUAUUUUACAAUGCGUUUCCGGACAAAGUUGUGCUCAAGGGAAGUCCACUGUUGGCACCGUUCAUAUGCAUACGAGUUGUGACACGGGGUGAUUUUCCACACUUGGUACGAGCGAAUGUAGCACGAAACAUUAACACAUGUCUGGAUGUUGGCCUCGAAAAUUUCCAUAUAGAAGUGGUCACCGAUAAACCAAUCAACUUGCCAAAACAUCCAAGCCAUGGAGGCAUUCGUGAGGUCGUUGUGCCAUUAGACUAUCAAACAAGAACUGGGGCACUGUACAAAUCGCGUGCGCUACAAUAUUGUCUCGAGGAUCAUGUCAAUGUACUUAACAGCACCGAUUGGAUUGUCCACUUGGAUGAAGAGACACUGUUGACGGAGAACAGUGUACGCGGUAUCAUCAACUUUGUUCUGGAUGGAAAACAUCCAUUCGGACAAGGAUUAAUCACGUAUGCCAAUGAGAAGGUUGUAAAUUGGCUCACAACACUAUCCGACAGUUUCCGUGUAAGUGAUGACAUGGGAAAAUUGCGUUUUCAAUUUAAAUUCUUCCACAAGCCAUUGUUCAGUUGGAAAGGAUCGUACGUUGUGACUCAAUAUCAAGCCGAAAAGCAAGUGUCAUUCGACAACGGAAUCGAUGGUUCGGUGGCCGAGGAUUGUUUCUUUGCGAUGCGGGCAUUCAGACAAGGAUUCACAUUCGAUUUCAUCGAGGGUGAAAUGCACGAAAAGUCGCCAUUUACUUUGCUGGAUUAUGUGCAGCAACGCAAACGAUGGCUCGUCGGCAUCCUCUUGGUGGUGCAUUCCAGAAUGAUUCCAUUGAAAUACAAGCUACUGCUUGGUUGUAGUAUUUACGCAUGGGCUACAAUACCAUU